AUGAGAUGCGGACUCGAGAGAAGAAUUGAGCCGGAGUUCAUUAGUACAACAAUUAAGGUCCUCCGAAUCAGUCGCGUAACGUCAGCUCCGGACUGCAUUACUGCACGCCGAUUCCGUGAAUACGACAUCCGACGUAACUCAAGCGUUGAUCGUACUCCCCGGUCAAAGAUACCGGAUAAAGAUAUCACGAUCGCUAUUCCCUGA